ACUUGAAUUGCUCAACAUAAAGGCACCAUAAAAUAUUUGCUCUCAGAUUCCACAUAAAGCACUUGCAGAGUUCUUCUGGAGACUUGGAGCUUUUUGGAAGCCAUGCAUUCCACAAUGAAGAGCUUUCUGGCUUUCCUUGCUGCAAUGGGCAUCGUAGUGACACUGGGUGAUGCAUACUGCUUUUCUAAAAUAAACAAGGCAGAGGAGGCAGACAAAGGCUGUAUCCUGGAUGGAAAACUGUAUCCCUUUGGAGACAUCGCUAGGACAGAUAAUUGCUUUAGAUGCAGCUGCAGCCAGGAUGCAAUGCGUUGCUGCUCCCUCUUUCAUACUCCUAUUGGUUUUGACAAAGUGAACUGUAAAGUCGUUUUCAACAAGGAAAGCUGUGACUAUGAUGUGGUGCAGAAGAGUGACCCCUCAAAGCAGUGCCCUAUCUUUUCUCGUGUGGGCUAACAACCCACCUGCUCCGAACCUGUCUACCCUGUGGAAUUCCUCCCCUUCCUACAGAUGCUUUGUCAUCACAGAGAAGCUCGAAGACAUGGGAGAUCUCGUAAGAGUAGUUCAGCAGCUCACUUUUAAUCUCCUAAUUGUUCUAAUUCAGUAUACAAGAUGUAUAAUCAGAUACAACGUCUCCUUUCUGUCAUUACUUGCAUUGGUAUCACUGAGCUUUUUUGAAUACAAUAAAUCCAGAUGAAACAUCCAGAAA